AUGGGAUGCUCUUGUUUGCGCUGGUUUGGGCCUAGUUACAAUAAUGGAUUAUUAAUAGAAAGACAAGAAGAAUAUGACAGAUUUAUUGUAGAAUGCAACUCGUCAUGUAGCUGUACAGAUCAGUGUCCAAACAGGGUUGUUCAAUGGGGAAUACAAUUUAAUUUCUGUAUAUUUGAUACUUCAAAUAAAGGAUUUGGUGUAAAGACAUUACAUUUAAUCAAGAAGCAUAAAUUUGUUUGCGAGUAUGCAGGAGAAAUUCUUACCAGAAAUGAGGCAAUCGGUCGUUUUUCAUUAAACAGUGAUGACAAUAAUUAUAUAAUAGUGGUCAACGAGCAUAUAGGUAGUGAGAAGAAAAUAGAAACUAUAGUGGAUCCUAGAUAUUAUGGAAAUGUUGGAAGAUUUCUCAAUCAUUCUUGCAAUCCUAAUUUAUUUAUGAUACCAGUCAGAACAAAUUCUGUAAUACCAAAACUGUGCUUGUUUGCUUCAAGAGAUAUACUUCCACUGGAAGAACUUUGUUACGAUUAUUCGGGUGGUAUAUUUUCUAGUGAGGAUAGUCAGAAGUAUGAAGAGUUAAUAAAGUCAUUAAAACCUAAUCAAAAGACAAAAAAGUGCUUAUGUGAAAGUCAUUUGUGUAAAGGAAUGUUACCUUAUGAUCCUUUUUUAUUCAAAUAA